AUUCCAGUAGGGUAACACAGUGUUUGUAGGUCAGUCGCCUACAUAUCCCAGAAUUCUGAGCAACCGUUUCUUUGGACUAAAUCUCUGCUGCUCUCUUUCAGCACCGGACUGCCCUGCGGGUAUUACAAUAAUGCAGCCCUUACAGUCUUUAUUCUUUUGCUUUAAAUUAAUUACAUGUUUGGCUGAAUCUACGUGGUUUACGGACAAGAAAACAGUAACAUGAAAUGGAGAUCACUCGGAACAGACCGUCAUUGUAUGGAGAAAUCGCUCAUGGUCUUGGAUUCUGGACUGGCCGGUCAGCAGUGCAUGAGGCCGCUGCACAGGGCAGGGCCCUUCAGCUACAGCAGCUGAUCGAGGGAGGUGCAGCAGUAAACAUAGUGGCAGUCGACUCCAUAACCCCCCUGCAUGAGGCGUGUAUACAGGGACAGACCCAAUGCGUCAGACUGCUGCUCGACGCUGGUGCACAGGUUGAUGCUCGUAACAUAGAUGGCAGCACUCCGCUGUGUGAUGCCUGUGCAGCCGGUAGCCUUGAAUGUGUCAAGCUGCUGCUGGACUACGGAGCAACAGUUAAUCCUCGACUGUUUACCUUCUCCCCACUUCACGAAGCUUGCAUGGGAGGGAAUUCUGAUUGUGUUCAGCUUAUGAUUAAUCAAGGAGCUUUCAUGGAGGCCCAUGACUGCCAUUAUGGGACACCGCUUCAUGUAGCCUGUGCAAGGCAACAUUUUAACUGUGCAAAAGUUCUCCUCAUUGCAGGGGCAAAUGUGAAUGCUGCCAAGAUACAUGAGACGGCCCUUCAUCAUGCAGCCAAAUCAAAGAGCAUUGACCUGAUUGAUCUACUCGUGGAGUUUGGGGGGAACGUGUACGCCAGAGAUAACCUGAACAAAAAACCCAUCCACUACACCAGUCCUGGAUCUCCCGCUUAUCUCUGCCUUGAGUUCUAUGAGAAUAACCCCCUCAGUCUACAGCAGAUCAGCAGAGUGGCUGUGAGAGGGGCGCUCGGCACAAGAGCAUGUGAAGUUGUUUUCAAACUGGGCUUGCCCAAUCGCAUCAUAAGUUUUCUUUCUUACAUGCCACCUCCAGUUAUCAAAAUGUAAUCACCAAUGGGAAACUUAAAAGUAUACUAUGUAAUAUUUCUGCUUUAAAAUGUCU